CACGUUUUCAUUGGUGUACACCCUUGCCAUUUACAAUAUGCAGGUGUUUGCGUCACAACAGGAAGUAGGAUCAAUCUGCUAAAAUGAUGUACUACUAAUACAUUACUGGAAUUUUUGAGUUCACGGGAUCUGAUGACCAUAUUUGCUGUUACUGUAUGAAUGUUUUCUACACAGGGCAAAAUGGCAGGAUUCCUUGACAAUGUCCGUUGGCAAGAAUGUGAAUGUUUUGAGUGGGGUGAAAAAAGGAACACGGUUGCUUCUGUUGUGGCUGGGAUUCUGUUUUUUACAGGUUGGUGGAUAAUGAUUGAUGCUGCUGUGACUUAUCCUGAGAAUGAUAAGCUGAACCAUGCUUUCCAUACUUGUGGGGUGUUUUCAACAAUUGCAUUCUUCAUGAUAAAUGCGGUGUCAAAUGGGCAAGUCAGAGGUGACAGUUACAGUGAUGGCUGUCUAGGAAGAACAGGUGCACGAAUCUGGCUCUUCAUUGGCUUCACCAUGAUGUUUGGCUCACUUAUAGCUUCCAUGUGGAUUCUUUUUGGAGCAUACGUAGUACCAAAGUUAGAAGUUUACCCAGGUUUGGCGGUAUUCUUUCAGAAUGCACUAAUAUUUUUUAGCACAUUGAUCUACAAAUUUGGAAGAACAGAAGAUCUGUGGGGAUAAAACAGAAAAUAUUCUGGACAAUGAAAUACUCAAUCCUCUGUACAGUCUUAUCUGAGCUGCUGUCAUUUUUUUAUUUUGUACACUGUUUUGGAAAAUAGUUGAAUAAGAUAAAUAGCUGACUGCAGAUUUUAUGUUGGUCUGCCUGCUGAGAUUUCAUUAUUGGAAAAACAAAGUUUAACCAAUUCAUAUUAUUUUUAUGUAAUUUAAAAUAUAUAUUUUUAAUUAUGUAGUAUAUUUGCAUUUUGUCCGUACAGCAUAUGUGGUUAACUAAAAAAAAAAAAACAACAGAAAAUUGCUAAGAAAACUUCUGAACAGAAAAUUGUCAAGAACACUCUUGAAAGCUUUACUAAAAUUGUAACUCACAGUAACAAAAUCACAGUGCUUUUUUAUUGGGACAGUAAACUGAGCCUGUUUUAAAGUUA